UGACUCUCUUUGUUAAUUAAAAAAAAAAAAAAAAAAACACAGCAGCAGCAGGUACAAGGGCCCCCCCAAAACGACGUCGUCUCCCAUUUCCAAUUCUAACACCGACGAAUCGAAGAUCUCACUCCCUCCAAAUUUGAUAGAUCCCCCAAACUUCCCAUUAUAGAAAGGUGAUGUGGACAGAAGAGUGAAACUGAAUAGUGCAUAGAUGGAAGCGGAAGGAGGUGAUACCGCUGGAGUGCUGGAAUUGGAAAGUCAUGCUUUUGAUGAUUUAAAAUCUGAGAAACAGUUGCCUGACACAAAUUACGUGAGCAAUGGAAAUAUUGCUGUGGAAAAUGGGUUGCCUGAGGAUGUCAACCCAAGUUCGGAUGAUUCUCAUGAUCAGUUCGUUCAAAUGGUUACCGAGCUGAAGUUUCAGAAUGAAUUCUUGAAGUCCCAAUUUGAGGAUUUGAAAAAUAGUCAAUCAGAAUGUAGUGUGUCUAAUCAACAGACAAAGGCAGAUGAGAGUCAUGAGACCGAAGGUGGGGAAUCUGAAGAUGUGAAAGAACUUCGUGAAAGGAUAGAAUCUUUGAAGAGAGAACUUUUGGAGGAAAAACAGACUAGGAAUGCAGCAGAGGAGGCUUUGAAGCAUCUUACAGUGGCAUACUCAGAAGCAGAUGCAAAAGCCCAAGAGCUCUCUGCAAAGCUUGCUGAAGCUCAACAGAAGUUGGAUCAAGAAAUAAAAGACCGUGAAGAGAAGUACUCCGAACUUGACUCAAAAUUUAGCAGGCUUCACAAACGAGCAAAACAACGGAUACAAGAUGUUCAAAAGGAAAAAGAUGAUCUUGAGGUCCGGUUUCGUGAAGUGAGUGAAACAGCUGAGCGAGCAUCAUCGCAACAGUCAGCAUUGCAACAAGAGCUGGAGCGGACACGGCAACAAGCAAAUGAUGCAUUAAAAGCAAUGGAUGCAGAGAGACAACAAUUGAGGAGUACAAACAAUAAACUCCGAGACACCAUUGAGGAAUUGCGGCGUUCAUUGGAACCAAAAGAAAGUGCUCUUGAGGCCUUUCAACAGUCACUAAUGGAGAAGGAGCAGAUGUUGGAAGACAUGCGGGGAUUGUUUCAAGCUGCAGAUGAAAAAAGGCAAGCUUCAAUAGCUGAGCUCUCUGCUAAACAUCAGAAGAAUUUGGAGAGUUUGGAAGCUCAACUUGCUGAUGCGCUAUCUGAUAGAAGCAAAGCUACUGAAACUAUUUCUUCACUACAGGUGCUAAUUGCAGAGAAAGAGUCUAAGAUUGCAGAGAUGGAUGCAGCUUCAACUGGUGAGGCAGCGCGGUUUAGAGCUUCUGUGGAAAGUGUAAAGGGAGAGCUUGCUCACCUGAAACAUGAGCAUGACAAAGAAAAGGAGAGCUGGGAAGCUGCCUCCCAGGCACUUAAGACUAAACUGGAACUUGCUGAGAGUAAUUGCAUACGUGCUGAAAUUGAAGUUGCAAAAAUGAGAAGCCAGCUGGAAUCUGAUGUGUCUGCACAAGCCCAGAUCCUAAAUGCUAAAGAUGCAGAAUUAGUGGCUGCCAAAAAGGAGAUCAGCCGCCUUGAAAGUGAAUUUUCUUCCUACAAGGUUCGCGCUCAUGCACUUCUCCAAAAAAAGGAUGCAGAGCUAGCUGCAGCUAAAGACUCUGAACAGCUUAAAGUUCUUGAGGAAGCACUAAAAGAGGCUGAAAAAGAAGUAUUAUCUGUAUCUGCAGAAAGGGAUAGGGUCCUUCAAAAUCUUCAGGAUGCCUUGGCUAAUCAUGAUAAAGAACUCAAAGAAAGAGAGUUGGUCCUUGACAAUGCCAAGCAGCAGAUCAAGAGCUUAGAAAUAAAGCUGGAUUCUGCUAAUGCUAGCCACCAAUCAGAUAAGGAAACAUGGGAAAUGAACCUUCAAAAUAUAGAAGAAACAUGGCGAAUCAGAUGUGAGGGACUGAAGGCUCAAAAUGAAGCAUCGUCUGGACAGGAUGUACAAAAAGAAUUGGAUGAGCUCAAAUUACGUUAUAAAAGAUUGAAGGAAGAGCAUGAUACAUUUCGUGAUCUUGCUGAUCGAAUGAUUGAGGAGAAGGACAAAGAAAUCUAUAAACUUCUUGAUGACAAUAAGGAUCUUCAUCAAUCUUUAGAAUCAAGACCACCUGUUGAUCACAAUGGAAAUCACUACACAGCCAUGCAAAAGCAGGAUGCACAGAAUUUAAGCACUUCUGCAGCAGAACAGCAGAUUCUGCUUUUGGCAAGGCAGCAAGCUCAGAGAGAGGAAGAGCUAGCACAAUCACAACGGCAUAUUUUAGCACUUCAAGAGGAAAUUGAAGAGCUUGAACGUGAGAAUCGUCUCCAUAGCCAACAGGAAGCCAUGCUGAAGACUGAGCUUCGCAACAUGGAAAGAAUGCAGAAGAGGGAAGGGGUAGAUAUGACGUAUUUGAAAAAUGUUAUCUUAAAGCUUCUUGAAACAGGUGAAGUGGAGGCGCUACUACCUGUGAUUGGAAUGCUGCUUCAAUUUAGUCCUGAAGAGAUUCACAAGUGUCAGCAAGCAUACCGUGCCUCUACAGAUGUUCCACCAAGCCCAGCAAGCGAUGGUCCAGGAUCCCGUUCUCUUUUCUCAAGAUUCUCAUUUUCUUAAAAGUGGAUAAUAAGUAAGUAUUCUUUUAUUGCAUGAGGAUUAUCUGCUACUGCAACUCAGCAGCAAUGGUGUUAGCUGCUCACUGCAGGUGUGGUCUCAAUAUAUCUUGUAUUCUUUUUGUAAAAACGCUACAUUGGUUCGUGAAAAGGUUCAGAUAUUGUAAAGAAUGAUUAAAAGAGAGCAUGAUAUACCUCAAUAUCAAGAGGGAGGAGAAACAUUUUGGCAGUAUUCAGUUACUCUUCCUGGAAGAGUUGCAUGCAGCCACACAAGCCCUUUUUUAUUUAUUUAUUUUCUUUUUUCCCAGUUUUUUUUUUCUUUUUUACAAUUCAAUGUAGAGUAUAUGUAAGAAUUAUAUCAUGGAGAAACAAGAAGGCAAUUUCCAACGAGGUUUCUGUCAAUACCAAUGGAAUAAGGUCAAUAGCAAUUUACAAUAAUUUUUACAA